CCCGGGGGCCGCUCCCCGCUGCGUCAUCAGCGAGCGGCGGCCGCUCCUGCCGCCGCUGCCGCUGCCGCCCGCCUGGGAGCCCGAUGGGCUGCUUCUGCGCCCCGCCCCGGAGUCUGGAUGCAAGUAUGGACAUAAAAGCCUAUGAUGUUUUCUCCAGUCCACCGCUUCCGAGAUAUUGAGAGGAAACCUGAAUACCUCCACCCAGAGAAGUGCAUCCCUCCUCCUCGCCCGGGUUCUCUGGGAACCAUGUGGUUUAUCCGAGAUGGCUGUGGCAUUGCAUGUGCCGUCAUCACCUGGCUCCUGGUCGUCUAUGCAGAUUUCGUGGUCCUCUUUGUCAUGCUGAUUCCAUCAAGAAACUAUAUUUAUAGUGCAAUCAAUGGAGUGGUCUUCAACAGUCUCGCUUUCCUGGCUCUGGCUUCUCACUUCCGGGCUAUGCUGACAGACCCAGGUGCUGUACCCAAAGGAAAUGCCACAAAAGAAUUCAUCGAAAGUUUACAGCUGAAGCCAGGGCAAGUAGUAUAUAAGUGUCCAAAGUGCUGUAGCAUCAAACCGGACAGAGCCCAUCACUGCAGUGUUUGUAAGAGAUGCAUUCGAAAGAUGGAUCACCACUGUCCCUGGGUUAAUAACUGUGUGGGAGAGAAUAACCAGAAGUACUUCGUACUGUUUACAAUGUACAUAGCACUCAUUUCCCUGCAUGCCCUCAUCAUGGUGGGAUUUCAUUUCCUGUAUUGCUUUGAAGAAGACUGGACAGAAUGCAGUUCGUUUGCCCCGCCCACCACAGUGAUCCUCCUCAUCCUGCUAUGUUUCGAAGCCCUCCUUUUUCUCAUCUUCACAUCAGUAAUGUUUGGGACCCAGGUACACUCCAUCUGCACUGAUGAAACGGGCAUUGAGCGGCUUAAGAAUGAAGACCCAACUUGGGAGAGGGUCGGCAGCUGGGAUGGCAUGAAAGCAGCUUUCGGAGGCAAUUUCUCCCUGAACUGGUUUAACCCUUUUAAGAGUGUGGACAGGAAGUCGGACCUGUCCCUUAGAACAUCGACGUCGGGCUCAGGACCAGCCUUGGGAAGCACAGAAGGGUGCACGGAACGGUGCUCGGCAGAGGCGGAUGAGUUUGAGGAAGUAAAGCCAUGAAGAGGUUCAGCCAGUGUUACCCUGAUGCUGGAAGGGCCUGCAGCCCCAGCCAUGCCUCUAGAAAGAAAGCCCAAACCAGGGGAGAAAAGACUUCAGCCUAAGGGAUCCCCCCCCAACUUCCUGCCUGCAAAGACUAUUCCCUUUUUGCCUAUUCCCCCUCCCCUUCUUACACUUGAGAGAAAGACACGGUCUUUCUCUGUGGUUCUCUGAGCACAUGGCCUCGCACUUGGCGCGUGGCAUUUCCCUGUAGUGCCGGACACUGAGCUUCCUUUCUGGCCACCAGCAAAGUAGAUCCUGGAGGCUUACUCCUCUUCCCUUUACUUCUGGGGAACCUGCCCUUCUGAGGGACAAAGUGGGAGCCUGCUCCUGUGACCUUGGAAGUGGCACCCACAAAGACCAGGAAGGAGCCUGACAAGAUAUCGGCGAAGGCCAGAGAGGGAGGGAGCUGUGCAAUCAGGCUCUAAGCCUGAUUGCAGGGCCCUGACUUCUGGAGGCUGGCACUAAGACUAGCUGGUCUGGAGCUGGUAGAAGUUAGAAGUUAGGAAACCAAAGCACUUCCCCAAACGUGGGAGCAUUUCAGGGAACAUCCCCAUUACAGGGGCAGAGAAGGCAGGGUGGGUCAAGAUAGUUUCCUGUCUUGUAUAUUUAUGUACAGCCGCCUGGCUUCCUCUUACCUUGGGCUCAGACUUAGAGAAGUCAACCCAAAGAAGGCCAUGUGCGCAGGGAUCAUUGCCACUACAGAAAGGAACUUUUCCACUAGAGUGCCGGGCCACUGAUUGGCCCAAAGUGCAAUACAUCACUCAAGGGAGUGUCAGGGGUUGUACCACUGAGGUGGCAUAUUUGUUUUCCUGUCUCUGGUGGCAGGAUUAAUUUAAGAGAGGACUCUAAUGAUGAGUUCAACUUGUACAGUACUAAAGAAAUUAAUAUAUGCACAUGUUCACUGGGAGAUGUGGCUCACUUGGGGAGCAUGGUACAGGAAACCAGCCCGCUAUAGGUGAUUUUCAUUGAUUAGGCAGUGGGCUUUGGCUAGCACCAAUAAUAAUGAUAAUAAUAAUAAUAAUAUAAUAAUAACAAUAAGCUUAUGUCCAAUAUAGCCAAGUGCCUUUAUCAAGAUGAGUAAUUUGGAGAUUAUAUUACCUUAUAAAAUAAUGGGUAAGUGUGUGUGUUUGUGUAUUACGUAUAGGAAAAUCCAUUGAAAGGCAAGGGUGUUUUUAAAGCUAAUCUAAGGCCUAAAUGUUUAACCUUUCUGCUAUUGGGUCUUCUAUCAGGGGAGUUUGCUUAAAAUCUCCACAGUAAGGAAAAUUCUCCAAUUCACAUAUGCUAAUAAGGCCACCAGCAGAUUUUAAAGGAAACCUUGAAUGCUGUUCAGGCCUUUGAGAGAGAGAGAGAGAGAAAGAAAAGAAAAGAAAUCUGCCUGCAAAGAAAGUUCCCAGCUAAAGUAGCAAGGUUGGUGUAUUAAAAACAACAAUAACAAAAUGUUUGUUUACAAGAAACUUGUUUCCCUCAUCUAGUUGAUGGAUGGUGCCUUUGAUGUGUCCUUAGCCUCAUCAGAGAGGUGUCCACCUGCUGUUUCGAUGCAAAAGAAAGCACAGGAUUUUCCUUCCAUGUGUCUUGUGGGUGUCUCACACACACGCAUUACCAUUUACUGUAUUUUUAACAUCCCUGGCCACACUGUCUCCUACUCAGUGUGGUCCUAACAACGGGAAUGACUUGUAAAGACGUGGCUUCUAUGGGACCGUUUCCCUGUGAGUUAGGAAGAAAUUCUCUGGCUUUCCAUUCAGUCACACCCUCCCAACUGAAGAACGGUUAAGGGUCUUUCUAGCUUAGUGUUCCUAUCAGGUCCCUUGGUGUGAGGCCACGUCAUUGUCCCCUUUGCCAGUUGUCAUUCAGAAACAUAACUCUUCCCCCUACCCCAACUCCUGUGAUUUAAACCCUUCCCUUUUGCUGACUAAGGCUGCUGGAUUUCAGUCCUGUUUUUCUAGUCCCCAAUUAGAUGAAAUCAGCUGAAAACUAACUCACCCCACCCAGAUUUGUCUCAGCUGGCUUCAGACCUGCCCAGCAGUUUAUACUACUCUCUCUCUAUCCUGGGCUAUGAAAGAAGGUGUGGUUGACCCACUUUUAAUAAAGCAAGAGCAAACUUUUUUUUUUUUUUUUGGGUGAGGCAAUUGGGGUUAAGUGACUUGCCGAGGGUCACACAGCUAGUAAGUGUUAAGUGUCUGAGACCAGAUUUGAACUCAGGUACUCCUGACUCCAGGGCCAGUGCUCUAUCCACUGCGCCAUCUAGCUGCCCCAAGAGCAGACUUUUUUAGAAUGUGGAGGUAGAGCAUUUGGGGGGUGGGGCAAUGAGGGUUAAGUGACUUGCCCAGGGUCACACAGCUAGUGUCAAGUGUCUGAGGCUGGGUUUGAACUCAGGUCCUCCCGAAUCCAAGGCCAGUGCUCUAUCCACUGUGCCACCUAGCUGCCCCCAUGUAGAGCGUUCUUAAGAAAAAGCUGAACUUUUCAUGGAUGGGGAGAGAGGAUAGCAAAACAGCAGCCUUGUCAGAGUGACAUGUUCUCUUCACACAUCCCCAAAAGGAUGAUAAGCAAUGUGGGUGUUGGAAUCUCUUUGUUACCACUAACCAUGACCAGCGCUCGCUCUUACUGAUGUGACCAGCGAAUGUGGGGAAUGAUUACUAAGUAGGUCGAGCUUAUUAGCAACUUCCACCAUAAACGCACAAAACACAAAACUCCAGGAGAAGGCCACUUCCUCCUUUGACCCCUUCUGGUUUUAUGAGGUUUCUGGGCUGGACAUUUGAUUUUCUCAGUAGCAGCUGAGCUUGAGAUGGAUCUUCAGGCCAGUUAGGCUUUCACUUAAGACUGGUUGCUGAACUACAUGUCAUUUAAUGGUUAAGAAGCCAGUGUUAUUGUACUAAAGCAGAAGGUCCUGUCACUUCCUCAGAAGGAACUGUUCUGAGGGUGGGGACCACGGUAUUUGUCUUCCGUUCAACCAAGAGGCAGCUCAAACUUACAGUACAGGGAGUUCUAUACCAAAGAGCCAGCCUAUCUCUAUGGAAGUAUUGUGGUUCUUCAUACGGUCUUUAGGGACUGAGGUAAAGAAGUUAAGGUAGAAGGAAGAACCUAAAAGUCUGAGCUCCCGAACUUAUCCAGGAGGCCAGGCUAGGACGCUCGGCGCAACAGCCUCUCAAAAAAAGAAAAGAAAAAAAAAAGAGCAGUCCACCCAUCAGAAGUGCCUUAACCUAUUUGUUCUACCUCUCUGCCCAACAAGGGGUGUACACCAAAGGGAAAAGAUUUUCUUUGGACCUAAAGCCAGGUCCAGAUUUGGGGCUUACACUUAAGAAGGCAGCUAGGGUCUUGUUCACUGUCUUACCUGUCCAUAGCAAGAGCUGAACGAUUCUCAAUCCUCUCUUCUGCAGACCAGAAACAGCAAUCUCAGUCCUCUUCCUAGCACCCAGUCUGUAGCACAGAUACUGCUGAACUGUCCCAUCUGACUCCCUCAUGCUCAGGCCUGAUGCAGAAGUGUUGCUCUGGCCACGGUGAAAUGAACCAAAGCCAUUGUGGACACAGCAGCCCAUAGGGUUGCAAUUGAUCCCCAUCUCCUUGGCCGCGACUCAAAGCUCAGUCAGUCUUCAGGAGUUUGCAAAUCGUACUCAACAGUCAGAGAAGUGAUGAGAUGCAUUCUACUGCUAGAGAAUGUUGGGCUCAAGUAUUUGCCUUUGGGUGUAAAAGGGAAACCCCUUAGCUUGCAGUUUGGGCCUCCAAAUUGGCCCCGGGGGCAUGUUCUCUUGUAUGCUCUUCUGGAAGCUGUGGCCUCUCUCACUUCCCUGACUUCUGUGUGCCUCUCUAAGGCCCCCAGUGGGGACUGUGCUACCUGAGAUGGCCUGUGUGGCCUGGGGGAAUGGGGGGGGUUUAGGGGUUUGUUGUGGUUGUUGUUCUUUUGUUUCAGGGGUGGAAGGUGAAAGGGUGUCAUGCACAUCCAGAACCCACAGUUGCUGCUCCUCAGUUCCAGCCUCCAAACGUUUUCUUGUGCUCUUGAUGUCUGUGAUGUUUGGUGUCUUGGAGAGUUCUUUUACUGACUAAAACAUGGCAUUUCUCUCA